AAGCUUCCACAACUAUGUGAAUAUGUACGGAUGUAUAUUUAUAGUGAAGUCGAGAAGUACUGGGUUUUAUUUUUUUGGAAUUGCUACUAGAGCUUUUGUAAAAAGUUUUUGCUGCAAUAGUUGCGAGUUUGUUCUGAAGUUAUUCUCCUUCAGACUUUUCUACAACCAUAUGGCAUGGCUUGACCAUACUUGAUUUUGGGCUCCUUCCAUGAUAUGUGGUUUGGCCGAGGGGGAAAAGGUUAAAGAAUUGAAAGUAAAAUCUUGGCAACUUGCCGCCAUAAAUAAAUAUGUUGCAUGCUUUUCAUAUUCGUCACAAGGCGAUCAGAAUCCCGAGCUGAAGCAUUGUUCGUUGGGAAGACGAGGAUGGCAACUGAUCACAUUUCGAUGCUACUCUUCUUUCUUCUGAUUCAUUUUCAAUUCUAUCGUGACUUACAUUUAGCACCCGCUUUGCCUCUUCUUGCAAUCGCCUCCCCCCCUCAAACCGAUGUUUCCCACCUAUUGCAUGAUGUUUUAAAGAAUAUUUCAGCGAGGCUGAAUUGGAAUUUGGGGGAUGUAAGAAUUUUUGAGUUGGACGUUGUGGAGGCGAGGUUUGUCACCUUCCAGAAUUAUGAAUUCUCUAUUAAGUUGGACAAGAACCAGUUUGGCGCUAUCAAAUUCCCGGACGAUUUUGUGUUUUGGAGAAAAUUUAGAAAACCCAAAACCGAUUUAUACUCUCUUAUUCAUGGGGUUGCUUCGCGGGCUGUACUGGAUACCUUGGAAAUCGAAGGUCCACUCGAGCUUAGGGUCGAUCCUCCUCAUCAACUCUCCCUCUCCUUGCCGAUGAAUAUCUCGCAUGCUGGUUUGAAACGCAUCCUUGUUGGUGAAGGCAUCACAUUACAAAUAGGAAGAGCUUUAGAAGUGUCCUUGCAUUACUCGUCCGAUUAUGAUCUGUUAAUGGAUGGAAGUAUGACGUUUGACGACGAGUAUGAGAGUGAUUACCAGCCCUUCAUGUUGUCAUCUACCUGCAUUCAAUUGGUUUACGUACGCAUAUCUGGCCCUACGUCAUUGGCUGCUUAUGUAGAACGAAGCCCUGCUCUGCUCGUACGAACUGUUUCUAUCCCGCACGACGCCAUUCUGUUGCUUCCAGACAAGCACCUCCGUAGUGCUAGCAGGUACCAAAAGCAACCUUGCCCUUUUGAUCCUGUGAGUACGAGAUUAAGAAUGGCCGAAAAAAUUUGGAGGAGCCUUGUAGGGCCCGGGAUGCUUGAAAACCCCAUGUCUGUUUCCUUGGAAGCAAAUAGAAAGGCGUCAGCUGCUGUCAAAUUCCUCAUAGGAUUGGAAAGGGACGUCGGAAGAAAUUACAGAUACGAAAGGAGACACAGAGACGAGGAAUGGUACAAUCGCGAGAGGCGCAGAAUUGAGUGGGUUCGGUUUGAGGUGGUGGCCAGACUGGGGCCUCACAGGCUCCACCCUCUUUCCUUCAAGAAAUCCAGACCCAUUCUCCACUGGCAAGAUGUGAAUUCCAACGAGUCCUCCACGACUUGGUACCCUGAUCGUUUUCCUUACUUUCUGCUUUAGCCCUUUGUCGCAUAUUUCAUGGCACUAUGCUUGUAAAUGACAAUUCGCAGCUAGCCGUUGUAAGUGACCAGAGCAUUUAAAUAAAGCUGAGGUAUUUUUUUUUU